AUGGGCUGCAACGUCAGACUCAUGCGCGUCCUCGGCGAGGGCAGUAACGGAGUCGCUGCGUUGUUCGACAUUUAUGAUGAAAGCCGCGGGGAACGCAGGAAGUUUGUUGUCAAAGGGGCGAUACCACCGGCCACGCUGACACACGAGAAGGCCGUCCACGAUUUCCUGUUACGAGCGCAGCACAUUGUUCGCCGAUAUCGUCUAUGCGGAGAAUUGUUGCCCCCCAGCACCGAGGCUGGUGCUCAGAGGCUCACGCGGCUCGACCAAGAUCCUGGCAUGUUGUUCAUGGAAUUCAUGAAGCAUGGCGACAUGUGGUCACUGAUAGCCAAAGUCGCGAGAGAGAGAGUUCAAGUUCCUAAUCGCCAGCUGCUCAGAAUCUUCAACUGCCUCGCGAGGGCGUGCAUCGCGAUGGAAUUCCCACCUAGGCGUCAAUUCGGGUUCAGGGGUCGAGAGGAUUGGUCCAUCAACGAAUAUCAAGCCAGGUUAGACGUCGAGGAGCUUAUCCCUCUAGGGCCCAACAGCAAUCGCGGAUUUGGUUUGGUACACUUCGACCUGGAUCCCCAGAACGUUUUUGUCGGCGACUUUGAUAAUCGCAAGCAUCGAUACGGACCCUUUUUUAAAUUUGGCGAUUUUGGCGUGACGACACGUACGUCAAGCGAAGUAUUUCGAGACCCUCCGGAAGCCAUCUGGCGGCGCAGAUUUGGCAAAUUGUUAUACCACCUGCCCGAGCAGUUUCAUCAGGAGUGGGACUAUGUAGACGUUCUUCCUCAGUACGAGGAUCCUAGACCCAAGAUCGCCGGGAACUACGGACCGGCAAGCAAUGUUUGGCACAUCGGGAUGCCACCUUCUCAUCCAUUCGACCCGGAUGUCGAUCCCGACCUUGCCGUGGAGGCGCUAGAAAUUGGAGCCUUCCGAAAUGUCGUCAACACUGCUCCUGCCAACCCCAUAACCACUGAUGACCCCCUUCGGCCUGCAGACGGCUGGCUAGAACAAGAUAGAUUGGCCUAG